AUGAUUUUGACGUGGACUUCUAUCACUGCUCUUGCAGCUUGUGCAAUUGCCGUAAACACGGAUAGUGUCGAGUACGAUUAUGUGAUAAUCGGUUCAGGGCCUGGCGGAGGAUCCCUUGCUGCUAAUCUAGCGACAAGCGGAUACUCUGUAUUCCUUAUCGAAGCAGGGGGCGACAACACAACUGCACUUGUUGAGGAAAUCCCAUCCUUGAACUCAGUUGCUGCUGAAUCUCCUCCUCACUCAUGGAGCUUCUUCGUCGAGCAUUUUGCGAACGAGACUCAGGCCCGACGUGAUCCAAAGUACGCGUAUCUAAGGAGCAAUGGAUCGUACUACUCAGGUCUCGAACCUCCCGCAGAUUCAACUCCUUUGGGUAUCCUCUACCCUCGAGGUGCUACGCUUGGCGGUAGCUCGCAAGUCAAUGCGAUGAACUUCGCAUGGGCACCCGAUAACGAGUGGGAUUACAUCGCCAACCUCACUGGAGACAAGACUUGGGGACAUGAGUACAUGCGCAAGCAUCUAAUCGAGCUUGAGAAUUGUACAUAUGUACCACACGGUACUCCUGGACAUGGAUUCGAUGGUCCUGUUGUGUCCAGUAUGAUGAACCCAUUGGUCACAACUGGAAUAACAUCAGACAACGUGGCUCGCUUUGUGUCGUCCAUAAUUCGCGAGACUGAAGGUAUCGAACCGGAAAAUGUUCAGCACUUGGCCGAAUUGCUUGUCCGUGACAUCAACAGAAUCGAUGCAGACCGUUACGCAAGCAACCUGACGUUUUUGCUACCGCUAGCCAUCGACCCUACUAGUGGCAGCAGGAGUAGCAUUGGGAAACAUCUCAACAGUGUGGUCGAAGCCGGAUACCCCUUGACGAUUAGUCUCCAUUCUCUGGCAUCAAGAGUUCUUUUCGACGACUGUGAUGGUAAACCAAAAGCUUCCGGUGUGGAGUAUAUGGUUGGAGAAGGAUUGUACUCAGCGGACCGCAGGUACAAUCCAUCGCAGCAAGCGAAUGAUGUUCGGACCGUUCGCGCAAAGAAGGAGGUUAUUGUAUCAGGAGGCACUUUCAACACUCCUCAGAUCCUGAAACUUAGCGGAAUUGGGCCGCGCGAGGAAUUAGAGGAGCACGGAAUACCGGUCAUUGUCGACUUACCGGCAGUGGGCAACUUCAUGCAAGACAAUUAUGAAACCCCUGUGCACGUAAGAGCUGAGGUUCCAUGGCAAGAGGCUGCGAACGUCUCUUGCACCAGGACCUUCAACGAAUCAGAUCCAUGCUUUGUUGAAUGGAGCACAAAUGGAACUGGUGUUUACUCGUUGUCAGGCGGGACUUUCUUCCUGACUUGGCGAAGCAGCCUUAGCUGGGACGAUGACGCAGAUCUCUUCUUCCUCAGCGCUGCUGGCUGGGGUGAUUCUGGCUUCUACCCCGGCUUUUCUCAAAGGCAACCAAUCCCCGAUAUGUGGGGAAGCUCAUUAGUAAAGAUGCAGACGGCCAACCCUUCCGGCACCGUGCGCCUUCAGUCCAAGGAUCCGCGACAAGCCCCAAAGAUCAACUUUAACUUCUUUGCCGAGAAUGCCGACACGGAUUUGCAAGCUCUAGCUGAGGGUGUCAAUCUUCUAUUGCGUGCCCACGACGAUAUUGGAUUGCCUUACACGGUUGUUUCGCCGAACCCAGAAGUUGAGAUGCAUCAAGCCCUCAUGGAUGAAGCAUUCAGUCACCACGCUUCAAGCAGUUGCCGCAUGGGCCCAGCCGGGGACCGUACAUCUUGCGUCGACUCCAAAUUCCGAGUACACGGUGUUGACAAUCUUCGUGUAGUUGAUGCUUCUGUAUUUCCACGCGUACCAGGUGCUAUGCCAAAUGGGCCGACUUUCACAAUCUCUCGUAAAGCUUACGAGACUAUCUUGGAGGAUUGUUAG